AUGUAUUUACGAGAUACCUGUUACGUGCAAGUUAAACCAGAAACAAUCGUUUCCAGUGUGUGGAGGCUUGAAUUUAUUCAACUUCAACAGUUACAGGGAGGCCAGGUAUCGGCGGUUGGUUUUAAGACAGAAGAAGUUCGACAGUUCUAUUCAGGAAAGUCUACUCGUUUUGGAUUUGAUGUAGUUCUAUUCGAUUCAUCUCGAACAUAUCCUAGAGCUUCAUUAGCUCGCCUAAUUAACCAUUCAAGUCAACAAGUACAACAUCAACCUCGUGUUGGUCAGUCAGCUAAUUUCAUUGAGUCUAUUAUAAACAAUUUGGAAAACGUUUCUUCCAAUAACAAUGUAAGAAAAAAUGAUUUAAUAGUCUGUAUCAUUGACGAAAUUGGUAAAAUGGAGCUAUGCUCAUCAAAGUUCACUUAUCUAAUUGAAAAGUUGAUUUCAUCAAUUUCAAAUUUACCUACAAAUAGUCAACGUGAUAUAAAACAUCCUACAGUUGUUCUUUUGGCUACUGUACCAUCACCGAAAAGACAAGAUGGUACACGUGGUAUUCCGUUGGUCGAUCAUAUCUGUUCAAUGAAGGGGGCUUCAAUAAUAGAGAUUGAUCUAUCAAAUCGUAAUGAGAUAAUUCAAGAAAUAAUGAAAAGAAUAUUAAAAUGUAAAUCUUCAUAG